CUUUCGUUGCAAUUGCUUAUCAAAAUUUUGCACUGCACCCCGCUCAAGGACAACCACAGCACGCGAAUGUCCCCGCAGAAAUCGGCCAUCACGCUGAAUCUUCUCGCCGCUCUAAUGACCCCCACCAAAUCUCCCUCGAAAGCCACCCCGGUGACGGCAGGCCCGACCAAGGUUCCGGCCUACCAGCGUUUCCAAAAGCUGGCGGAUUCAGGCCGUCCGACACUGCAGUUGCCGCACAAGUACCGCUGUCUGGACGAGCUGUUCAAAUGCAUUGACACCUUUUGCGCCAUGUUCCAUAACGUUCCGGAAGAUGAAGCUGGCGGUGCAUCGUUUAGCAAGGAAGAUUUUUUACGAGGGCCGUUCCUGCACCACAAACCUGCCGGGGCCACCGGAAUGAAAAGCGCAAAAAAAAAUGAACCGAACGGGAAGCUGCCGGCGGUGGAGCGCCAGAUACAGCAGAUAGAACACAAUCGUUAUGCAGAUGAUGCUUCCGCCGAUCCGGAGGGACAUCUGCAGGGUGGCUUUGGGAUUUUCCUUCACCGGCUGGGUUGUGGGUGUCUGCGGGUUGAAGAUCGGGCCAGGAAUCGGCUCGGGGUGACGACACCGUUCGUGACGACGACGGUACGAUCACACAACACUACCGCGAUGCGAAGGAACGAAGACGACGACGACGACGACGAGCUUCUUGUUGCCGGGGAGCACUUUAUUGUUCACUUGUUUGGCCAGAUCUGA